AUGUUUUCCGUGCUACUUUGGUUAGUAGCCACGUUUCUGCUUUGCUGCGAUGGGCGCAAGCGCCCACGCCACAUGCCUGCAACCGUCUUUGGGCGUCCGUUUGGUGGUUUUCUGGACCACUCCGAUGUCCACAAAUUUGCUGCACCGACUGUACUGAAUGAUCAAGUAAAAAAAGGCGUUGUGUAUCAAUCAGUGGACCAUUUCGAUCCACUCAAUAUGUUCAGUUGGAAGCAACAUUACUUGUACAAUAUGCAGUUUUAUAAUGGAAGCGGCCUAGUGUUUUGCAUGAUUGGCGGUGAAUCAAAGAUAAGCUAUAAAUGGAUUGCCGACACAUCGUACAUGUGGCUGGUUUGGGCCAAAAAGUACAAAGCUGCCGCAUUCCUGCCAGAACAUCGAUUUUACGGCGACAGCCAUCCUAAGCGAGAUAUGUCGACGGCAAGCUAUCAGUAUUUCACUAUCGAGCAAGCACUUGCCGAUUUGAGAAAUUUCAUCCUAAACAUAAACGAAGAAUUCUUUCCAAACGUAAAGACACGUUGGAUUUUGUUUGGUGGUUCCUAUCCAGGGUCAUUAUCUGCAUGGUUUCGGGCCCAAAAUCCGGAUAUCACAAUUGGGUCGAUUUCCUCAUCGGCUGGAAUGCAUACGCAGCUCGAUUAUUAUCGUAAGUUUUAA